AAAUAGCUUCAAGAGAUUUUCCUUUUAAAUUACAGUGGAAGAGAAGCAACGCAUUUUUGAACUUCGGUAAAUUGCCUCCUCUAUCGUUGUGGCGCUGUCUUACGAAGUUGCGUCGUGCGUGCGCGCGCUCAGUCCACACACUCCACGCACGCGAUAUAUAGAACUAGCCUUCUUGCACCAUACACAAGGCAAUAAGCUAGUACUGGUCGCCACACGUGCUUUUUUGGUUAAGAGUUGUACCGUGUGAUAAUUAAAAUAUAUUACAUUUCUGCUUCUGUAUAAACAUUGUGAAUUUUACAACAUGGCCGUACGCGUGCAAUUCGAAAAUAACAACGAGGUCGGUGUGUUCGCCAAAUUAACCAACGCCUAUUGCUUGGUUGCGAUCGGCGGCAGUGAGAAUUUUUACAGUGCAUUCGAGGCCGAGCUGGACGAGGCCAUUCCCGUCAUUCACACCUCCUUGGCCGGUUGCAGGAUAAUCGGACGCAUGUGCGUGGCUAACAAAAAUGGAUUGCUCGUGCCGGACACCACCACAGAUUCAGAGCUGCAGCACAUAAGAAACAGCCUGCCAGAUUCAGUUAAAGUCCGGCGAGUGGAAGAAAGGUUAUCUGCCCUGGGCAAUGUAAUAUCAUGCAAUGACUACGUAGCCUUGGUACAUCCUGAUCUGGAUCCCCAGACAGAAGAAAUCAUCGCUGACACCCUUCAGGUUGAGGUUUUCAAACAGACGAUAGCCAGUAAUGUUCUCGUUGGCUCGUAUUCAGUACUUUCGAAUCAAGGUGGUUUGGUUCACCCUAAAACAUCCAUACAGGAUCAAGAUGAACUCUCGUCGUUGCUUCAAAUUCCAUUGGUUGCUGGCACAGUUAACAGAGGUAGCGAAGUCAUUGGAGGUGGCAUGGUUGUUAACGAUUGGAUUUCUUUCUGUGGUAUGGACACUACAUCAACAGAAAUCUCAGUGAUUGAAAACAUUUUCAAGCUGCAAGACCAAGCCAGUGGACAAGUUACUAGUAUGCGUGCUUCACUCAUUGAAAGCAUGUCGUAAUUGACAUUAUUAUUGAAAACAUAAUCUAAUUUUUGAGAAUGUAUUUUUAUUGAAAAAUAAUUUUUAAAUUUGUAUAAUAAGUUGUACAGUUUUGAUUAUCAUACUUAAUGUUAAUUAAGUAAAUUGAUAUUUGAUAAAUAAAACAAAUUAGACAAGUAA